UGUGUACAAAAUGGUUGCCAAGGCAUUUGCAAUUGCUUCUUUUGCGAAAGUCGGUCCUUAUAUAUCGAGUAUCAAAUAUACUUUGUUUUAAAUAUUAUUUACUUUAUAUUGAAGACAGCUGUGACGUAAAAAUAAAUCUUAUUUCAAGAAAAGCUCAGCCUAAUAAGCGAAUUCUAGUUCUUAAAAAACUUAACGCUUGAGUUACCACAAGUAUAAAUCUUUGUAUGAUGCGGCGUCGAAGUGAACGGAAAAAAUCUAUGGACGUCGUUCAGUCUCCUGCAGUUUUAAAGCGCCCAAGAAGGACACGACGAUCCUCACAAGUUGAUGCUCUUCCGAAAUUGAGCAAUGCUGAAGCUUGUAAUGACGACGGCGAAAACGUCAGCAAGGAUUCUAAAUCAAUAAUUUCUGGCCUAAGAUCAACUAAUAACGGUGAAUUACAGGCACUUGAAGAGGACCCAAAUGUUAAUUCAGUGAAGAAACGAACACUUGAGGUGAUAGAAGAAGUGCCAAUACAAAGUAAUGAAACUAUUCAAAAUGAAAUUCGGAAGCAGAGCUCCGAAAAAGAAAAAGAGUUUCACAAUCACGAACUUUAUAAGGAAGAUAAUACUAAAGUAAAUAGAAACUCUAGAGAGGAAAUGGCUACACCAACUAACCCAGAAGAAUCCACUGAAGUUUUACCAAAAGAAAAUGUGGUUUCAAAAAAUGAUCAACAUAUGUUAGAAAUUAAUGUUGCACAAGAUAUGCAUGAGGGAGAAAAAACAAAUAAAGAAGAUGGUGAAAGCGAUUGCAAUGAAACGGGAAAAGAACAAGAAAAAAAUAAAUCGCAAGAAAUAACAGAAACCACAACUAAUGUCAGCGAGACAAAGAAAAGUCGUAGCAAGGAACGGAAGGAUCUGAUAAUUUUGAGAAAAAAAGAAAAACAAGAAAACGAUGAGAACGAUGAAUUCAGUAAUAUUCCAGAAAAGCUGUCAGCGCCAUUGAUUGAGAAAACAAAAAAUACUAGGAAACGCAGGUGGCUAUCAAAAAGGACUUCUGACUCAAAUUCUCAAAUUCUUGCUAUAUCAACCGAUUCUCUUAAGAAUUUAAUUUCGGAUGUACAGCCAGUGCCAUUGUGCGAUGUCAAGUUGGAGUCGUCGUCAGAUGUGGAAGAAGUUGAAUCAGAACGAGAAGAAGGGGAGGCAUCUCCUAUUCCUAUCAAACCAAAAACUGAAAAGCCAACCGUUUUUGACAGGGAACGAACAAAAACUUACGAGAAUCCAAUUCGAAAGUUUUCGAUUAUGAGUGACAAGGACGAGCAUUUGCCCUUUAUCCCUACUAAAAAUGAAACAAGCUCUAUUUUGUACAUAACGAAUCUAGUUCGCCCCUUUACAGUAUUACAGCUGAAGGGAUUACUGGCCCGAACCGGUAAAAUAGUUGAAAAUCGGUUUUGGAUUGAUAAGAUCAAAUCUAAAUGUUUCAUUCAGUAUGAAACUGAAGAUGAGGCGAUUGAAACACGACAUGCUCUUCAUGGAGUCCGAUGGCCAACAUCCAAUCCGAAGUGUCUUAAUGUGGACUUUGGGACGGCCGCUGAAAUGGAGAAGGCAAUGGCAUCCUCACAAGAAUCUGGACCUAUUUAUGGGCAAGAGAUCGGUCGGGAAAAUCGUGUUGUGGGAACAGGAUGGGACCGGGAUCGUUUUGAUUUCGAAGAAAAGAAGAUUCAGGUAGGUAGACCAGUUCGUGAGUGGGAUGUUGGCAAAAGAGAGGAACCAGAGAUGGAAGCAGACGGGCCAAAAAAAAAGGACAAAUUGCGUAUCGGGGAACGGGGUGAAAGAGUAAUUCAUAACGUUCGCGCUGAUAAGGAAAGCAUAAGAACCGAUCGCAGUGAAAGAGAUCGUGAUCGGAAACGGAGAUCUUUGGAUCGUGAACGGCGUAGCAGUUUAAGUGUUUCACCCGCAAGAAAAAUAAAGAAGAAGGUAAACGAUCCCCCACUUCGACUACUCGAUGAUUUGUUUAGAAAAACGAAAACAACUCCAUGCAUAUAUUGGCUUCCUUUAACGCCUGAACAGAUAGCCGAAAAAGAAGCAUUCCGGUUAAGACGCGUUGCUGAACAUCAAGAACGCAUUAGGCAAAGAGAACUCGAAAAAGAAAAAGAUCGUGAAAGGGAACGCGAAAGAGAGCGGGAGAGAGAAAAGGAAAAUGAACGUCAACGUGAAAGAGAUCGUUCUAAUGGCCACCGAAGAUCAAAUAGUCGCGAUAGACGUCGUUACUAAAAAGCGUUUCGAAAGCUUCGCUCAUUAUUUAAUAGUGUAUUUAUGUUACAACCACGAAUCAGAUUCAAGAGUUAAAUAAUAACUCAAGAAUUACUUGAUCUAUGGCUGUAUUUCAAAGUUUUAAUCCAAUAUUUAUUAUAUUUUUUUCCCAAGAAGAAAAUUUAACUAUACACUGAGAUCCAUAAUAUUUUAAAUAUUAAUUCUGGAACGAAUUUUAAUUUUCGUUACUUUUCCUAAUUUUGUUUACUUUCGUUAUGAUAGUUUUUCAUUUUUUUUUUUUUUUUGGGAAAAAAGUAUAUAUUUUCAGUUUUCUCUAUCAGAGUUAGUUAAAAAUAAUUAAAGAUGAACACGCGUGGAUCUUUGUAUGUAUGAUUUAGCUUUUUUUCGAAAUGAAAGGCAAAUAUUUACCAUCUCUAUAAAAAAAAAUGUAACCAACACUGGUCUCAUUCGCCCCCGUUAACUUAAAAAGAGUUUUAUAUUUUUUGGUUGCUGCACUAAACUUGAUUCGAUUGAUGGUAAUCUUAUUUUGGAACAAAACCUAAGUAUCCUGCAACAUCAUUGCUGUUUUUGUGUACGGAUUGAAAAAAGACAUUGAAUAGUAACAAAAAUAAAACUUUCAAAUUUGUUAUACUAAUAUACUAUUUUAAAUAAUUAAUUUCAAAGGAAAAAAGAUUACCUAAUCAAUAUUUAGUUGGCUGAGAUGUUUAAUCAUUAUGUUAUUUUUUUUUAAUACAGGGUGUCCCAAAAGUAAUGGAUCAAACGAAAUAUAUUGAUAGGCCAACAUUAGGGCUCUCAGAAUUCGGUAACUUGUUCAUCCCAAAUCCUUACAGUUUUAGAUUUAAUGCAGUUUUUGUGAAAUUUCGAAAAAUCCCGACUUUGCAACAGUAUUUUGCUUCCUUCGCUCAUAAUUGAUUUUUGUUUUUUACAAUUCUUCCACAAAAACAAUGCAUAAUAAUAAGAAAUAACUAAUUAAUCAAAAUAUUUUUUAUUUCAUACGCCAUUUUGCUGCAAAUUAAUUAACAGUUCUAUGUUUUAUAAAAAAUCAAUUUCUUACUUUUAUUUCAGAGCAAGACCCUGAAAAAAUUUUGUAUGGUGUGACACUGGAUUAUUAUUUUGAAAACUUGCGAUGUUAUUGCAGUUUUCAAAACUGUAUUAAAAUUUCCAAAGUUGAAAUUAGAACGAAAGAUAUUAAGGUUUGAAUUCAAAAAAUAGAGGUUUUCAGAGCAAAAUAACAAACAAAAAUCGAGGUUUUUAUUCAAAAAGAAAUAAAGAAACAACAGUCGAGAAAAUGUGUUUAUUUUUCUUUGUUAUUUUUCUUUGAAAAGUCUUAUUUUGUUGCUUUUAAACUGUAAUAUCUUUAGUUCUAACUUCAACUUUGGAAACUUUAAUAGAGUUUUAAAAACCGCAAGUUUUCAAAAUAAUAAUUCAGUGCCACACCAUACAAAUUUUUUUCAGGGUCUUGCUCUGAAAUAAAAGUAAGAAAUUGAUUUUUUAUAAAACAUAGAACUGUUAAUUAAUUUGCAGCAAAAUGGCGUAUGAAAUAAAAAAUAUUUUGAUUAAUUAGUUAUUUUUUAUUAUUAGGCAAUGUUUUUGUGGAAGAAUUGUAAAAAACAAAACUCAAUUAUGGGCGGAGGAAGCAAAAUACUGUUGCAAAGUCGGGACUUUUCGAAAUUUCACAAAAACUGCAUUAAAUCGAAAACUGUAAGGAUUUGGGAUGAACAAGCUACCAAAUUCUGAGAGCCCUAAGGUUGGCCUAUCAAUAUAUUUCGUUUGAUCCAUUACUUUUGGGACACCCUGUAGAAUGAUUAAAACUAACUGAUUCUUAUCAAAUUUAAACCUAUUUUUUAUGUUAUUAGACUUCUUAUAAACUUCGGAAAUUUGAUAAAAAGUACGAAAUAUUACUAAAUAAAAUAUUUUGAAUUGA